AUGGAAACACUGGAAGACCUGCUACGAGUGGUGAAACGGUUUUCAGAUGCAAUUUCCAACCCGAAGAUUGAGAAUGAUGAAGAUAUUUAUUACAUGGAUCAAGAAAUUACAACAACAAAUCAAAAAUAUCUAUUGAAACAAUUGCAAGAAAUUGCAAAUUACAUGCGAUCAAUGGAUCGGUGGAUUGAAAGCAAAGCCUCUGGAUGUGUUGGAAAACAGUUUUGGAACGUUAUAAAUGAUUUAUCAUCAUUUCAAUAUUCAAAUGAAGUAUUGGAUAAUGAUCAGACCACCUUACAGCAAAUUGUUCAAUUAUGCGAAAAUGUUUAUUCUAUCAUUUGGACAUGGAGAGAGAAAUUGAUUUAUUAUUACGCGUAUAACACUACUAUCCAAGAAUUUGAUACUGAAUACUCUCAUCUCGACACAAUAUUACGCUCAUUAAGUGGCAUUUCUUUUCAUGUAGCACUUUCUACAUUAGCAAAAACUAAGAACACUAACAACUUCACAGACGAAAGUAUUCCAAUAUUCGAAAAAUUACUAGAAACUAUUAGAGAUGUAUUUUUGAAUGUUGCAUUACUCUGUGAAGGGUUAAAUUGGCUGCUAUAUUUAGGAUCGACAACGGAAGAAGGCUCUUCUCGACAUUGUGAUCAUAUUAACGGAAAACUCGAUGAGUUGAAUAAGCUAUACUCCAGUACAGGUUCAACAAUUAUAGACUUAAUUUCAAUAUCGGUAUAUUUUCUGAGAAAAUCCUCAUCUGUUGAAGAUCAACUCAUUUCACACUUGUUUCUUUCUCUUCAUUUAGAUAAUAUUAUUUUGCUAUUGUCAAACAUGACUCAUCAUGAUGACGAAAAAUUAAUCGAUAGACUGUUAAACAUCUCAGCGCUCAAAUUGAAUGUUUUCAACACCAUCUACGAUGUCAAUAUUAUGAUCAAAUGGAUUUGCGUGUGUUCGUUGCUUUCUUGUGUAAAAUACAAGAUGGCCAAUGUCAAAGAUUUUUCAACAGUGUUGAGAUGUAAAUUUAUUGAUAUUUAUUCAGCAAACAAGAUUGGAUCUUGUACUUCAAAGCGUGCGAGAUCCCCAUUGAUUAAAUAUGUGAUAUCCCAUAUUGAGCAAACAUUUCACAAACGUUUUUGGGAGAACACAACUAUUGAACAUGAUUCCACAUUUGAUUAUUUAGAUAAAUUAUGUUUCGGAGGAGGUCAAUACAAUUUCAGAACCUUAUCAACACGUAAAACCAUCAAAUCUCCAGAUAUAUUCAUCAUGAUUAAUUUGAUUGUUAAAACGCUUUGCCUCAGAACAAUAUUUCGCUUCUUUCCAAACAUCUCUGACGAAUUUGAUCUUGUAAAAAGAUUCAAUGUAGCCGAUGAGGUUGUGGACAUUUUAUGGGAAUGUAUCACGUUGGGCAGUCCGUUAGAAGCAUUCAAUUGGAAUUGCACAACAACUGUUGAAAAGACAUUCAUUCGCUUGCUUAAUGACCAUGGAGGUCACAAAUUUGCUUCUUCUUUGCAACAAUUGAUGCUUAUGAAUGGAAAAAGAAUAGAUAACGAUAGAGCUGCAUUUGAGAGGGUUGGCGAUUUUAUAGAGUUCGCUCAUUCUGCUUUGAAUCUAAUGUUCAAUGACAUGAAUCGAAAUUAUUUUGCCAAGAUGAGAAGUUUAUUAGCUCUUACGUGCUGCAACAUUGGACGACAAUAUUAUUUAUCGAAACAAGAAUCAAGUUGCUCACAAGAGUCACAUCAAGAUCCUUCACCCAUUUCCAUACCGAAUGAGGCAAUUUAUUCAACACAAAUUUCGUUUUUAAGGAAAUUUUUCAGUUCUCGCUUUUCCAACUUGCGAUUUUUGAAUUUGCAUCGUUUUUUCGAAACACUUUUUCUAAACAAGCCAAUCAACAACGAGUCUCUUUCAAUCCAAUUAUACACCAUUGCUAGCAAUCAUCAACAAGAGAUGGAGUUGUUUUUGACAAGAUUUGCCUUCUUGGACCAUAUUGAAUUCAAUUCCAAAACAGGAGAGUUUAAUCUUCCAUCCGCAAUAUGGAAAGAACUCUCUUGUCCAAUUGCAAUGAAAGAGAAGAACUUGUAUCAGUGUUACAAGAUGGAAAUGUUAGUGGAUGUGACCAUUAUUUGUAAACUCUUCUGA